AUGGACACGUCGAACCUCAAGUCCUUCAGCCUCACGCACUUCCAGUACGAGGACGGCGAUAUCCUGGGCCAGUUCCUGGCACUGAUGAGCCUGAUCCCAAUAUUCUUUAUCGUCAUGGAAGCGACUAUCGUCCUGAGCCGCCGUGAGCUCGCCGGCCUCGUCCUGUUUGUUGGACAGCUUCUGAACGAGCUGUUCAACUUUGUGCUCAAGGAGCUGAUCCGUGAGGAACGACCACACUCGGAGCUGGGUGAUGGCUUCGGGAUGCCGUCGAGCCACGCACAGUUCAUGGGACUGGUGCAGCUGGGUGCCUUGGUGCUGGGCAUCCUGGUGGCUGUGUCACGGGUGUACCUGAACUACCACACGGUGCGGCAGGUUGUGGCCGGCGUUGCCGUUGGGCUGGCAGCGGGUGCAGGGUGGUUCGGCAUCACCGAGGCUGCGUUUUUUGGUUCAGGCCUUGCCGAGUGGGUGCUGGACACCAGAGUGUGCCAGUGGCUGAUGGUGCGCGAUUCCCGCAGCAUCCCCGAUAUCGCACGGCGCGAGUACGAAUUGUCACAGUCUUCCAAGCAAAAAUCGGAGUAGAGAUUUAUUAAAAACAUUCACUCUUGCUCGUUCUCCAGAUAGUUCUGAACCUUCUGGGCGGCGGGCAGCUCAGUCCGGUAGUCCUUGUCGGUGCGGGCACCCAGCUUGACGUAGCAGAGCACGCGCGGGGCACCGUUGUCCAGCACAGACUGCAUGCACUGCUCGACGACCUUGGAGACGAGCGCGUACUCGCCCUGGAAGUUUGUGCCGGAGUCAUGCAUGGUGUGCUCAAGGCCCGACUCUUCAAGGAUCGUCUUGACGCGGGCAAUGUACUUUGUGAAAGAGACUAUGCCAAGGGGCACCAUCUGGAUCUCGCCAGAAACAAACAUGACCGAUAGAGGGGGCUUUGGUGCAAAAGAUAGCGAUGGAGAGGAGAGAGGGGUCAGGAAAAUAUCCGCGCUGUAAUUUUGGUAGUCCGAAGCUUUGUUUAGGGUGAAUCGAA